AUGGAGCCCAACCCAGGCUUCGAAAGUUUUCAAGUCUUUGAAGACAUCAACGAUUGUGCCGUCGUAGCCAGAAAGGGGGACACUUGCAUGGCAGUCUUUCAAGCCACAAACUUUGACAACCCCCUAGACGUGAUGCAGCUUUUGGAUUACAAUCUGGAUACAGUCGGCAGCUGCACUUUUCGGGCUGGCAUUGUCAGUGCGUACAGGUCCUCCUACUAUGAAGGUUUCGUCCGAGAAGUGGAUCGGUGCAUGUCCAUGACCAGGAACAUGCAUGCAAAGCUAAUUCUCGGAGGACACAGCCAGGGCGGAGCGAUUGCCGUUGUCGCAUCAGCCGAUCUGAAGCGCCACAACCCCACAGUCGUGACAUUUGGAUCCAUCCGAGCGUUGCACGAAGAUUGCCCAGAUGUCGUCCCUGAGAACCAUUAUCGCUUCGCCAAUGCCUUACAUUCUACCUAUGACUACUGGCCCAUGGUCAUGAACAAGAACGGAGAUCACUUUGGUCAUGCCGUUUAUCUCGAUCCGAUGUCCUCGAACCUGGCGACGUACACUGGUUUGAACGACGAUACCAACCGAGAGCCGACAGACAUGCUGGAAAAUCACGAUCCUGACAUCUACUACGUGGCCCUGUCCCAGCUGAUUCAUGCUGCUCCUCAGUCGAUGCAGUGUGCCAGUGGUGAUGGUGCAGCUGUUAUCGGGUUGAGAAUGUUGGGUUGGGAAGAUGGGCACUACUGCAUUGGAGCAGAUGAGUGCAAAGGUUCGUUUUGCACCGACAACCACUGCGCAAGCACAAGACUCUAG